UCUCUGCUAUUUGUGUACUCUUUGGAUUACGCUCGUACCCGUUUGGCCAAUGAUGCCAAGGCGGCCAAGAAAGGUGGUCAGCGGCAGUUUAAUGGCAUGAUCGAUGUGUACAAGAAGACUAUAACCUCUGAUGGCAUUGUAGGACUUUACCGUGGUUUCAACAUCUCAUGUGUUGGAAUUAUAGUGUACCGUGGGCUUUACUUUGGAUUGUAUGAUUCCUUGAAGCCUGUGGUUCUAGUCGAUGGUCUCCAGGAUAGCUUUCUUGCGAGUUUCUUGCUGGGAUGGGGAAUCACCAUUGGAGCUGGACUGGCGUCUUACCCAAUCGACACAGUGCGUAGAAGAAUGAUGAUGACAUC